AUGGGUAAAGUUCGAUCAGCUCCAGGAGCGCCCCGUAAACAGGGCUUUAAUAAAUCUGGACAUUCGAUGAAUCCAGAUCGACCUACUGAAGGUCUUAAAGGAGUAGGUAAACCCAGAACAAAAGGGACAAUCAAAAGAUUACAGAUGUAUCGUAAUUUUAAGGCGAAAAGAGACAAGACUGGGAAAAUUCUAACGCCUGCACCAUUUCAAGGCUGGUUACCAUCUGGUACUCAAGCAAGAGUUGAGCCAAAUCAAAAGUGGUUUGGGAAUUCGAGAGUGAUUUCGCAGAGUGCACUUCAAAAAUUCCAAGAAGAAUUUGGAGCUGCUGUUAAGAACCCAUAUAAGGUUAUUAUGAAGCCCACAAAUUUGCCAAUUACUUUGCUCAAUGAAAAAGCUAAGCAUGCUAGAGUACAUCUUCUAGAUACUGAAAGUUUUGACAAAACAUUUGGCCCUAAAAAGCAAAGGAAGCGAGUAAAUUUAAAAUUCAAUGAUAUUGAACAUUUUUCUAAAGCUGUUGAAGAGAGUGCUGAAAAAUAUGAUGAAACUAAAGAUGUUGAUCGUGUUCGUGAAGACACUGGAGUAAAAGAGGGACAAAGGGAUUGGGUGUUUGGUGCUGGUAUGAGUAAAAGAAUUUGGAAUGAAUUGUACAAAGUAGUAGAUUCAUCUGAUGUUCUUUUGCAAGUUCUUGAUGCACGAGAUCCAAUGGGAACAAGGAGCCCCUAUGUUGAAAAGUUUUUAAAAGAGGAAAAGCCACAUAAACACUUAAUCUUCAUUUUAAAUAAAGUUGAUUUGGUUCCUAACUGGGUAACACAGCGAUGGGUUGCAAUUUUGAGCUCAGAGUACCCUACUAUUGCUUUUCAUGCUUCAAUGACUCAUCCAUUUGGUAAAGGUUCACUUAUCAAUUUAUUACGUCAAUUUGCAAAGUUACAUAUUGAUAAAAAACAAAUUAGUGUUGGUUUAAUUGGAUAUCCUAAUGUUGGGAAAUCGUCUGUAAUUAAUACUUUAAGAGCUAAGAAAGUCUGCAAAGUGGCACCAAUUGCAGGAGAAACUAAAGUUUGGCAAUAUAUAACAUUAAUGCGGAGAAUAUUCUUAAUAGAUUGCCCCGGCAUUGUUUAUCCUUCGGCUGAAACAGAUACGGAAAAAGUUCUUAAGGGUGUUGUUAGAGUAGAAUUAGUACAAAAUCCAGAGGACUACAUUGAAGAAGUUAUUAAAAGAGUGCGUAAAGAUUAUUUAAUAAAAACAUAUAAGGUUGAUGGGUGGGAAACUUCAACAGAAUUUUUAGAAAAACUUGCUGCAAGAACUGGUAAACUUUUGAAAAAAGGUGAACCUGAUAUAGCUCAAGUGGCAAAGAUGGUUCUUAAUGAUUGGCAAAGAGGUAAGUUACCUUUUUAUGUUGCACCAGAGGGAUUUGAAGUACCAUUGUCUAAGGAAAUUAAAAAGCAAAUAGAACCUAAUAAUGAUAAUGGCAAAGAACAGAACACGGUUCAAAAAAAUGAAGAAGGAGUUAAAGAAAAUGCAGAUCCCAAAGAAAAUAUAAAUCCUUUAGAAAAACCAAACUUAAUUAUUAAUAAAUUGGUUAUAGCACAGGAUUUUGCUAAAAUAAGAGUAGGCUUACCAUUUGAUAAUGAAGAGGAUGUCAAACCACUUCAAAAAAUAGAUAUUCCAGAUGAACUGAAGGGUAUAGAUGAUGAAGAAAAUCAAGAUGAUGAAAAGGAAGAGGAAAAGAAAAGCAAAAGUGACACUGAAUCAGAUAUUAGUAACUUUUAUAGUGAUGAUGAUAAGGAGUGCAGUGAUGUAGAAGAUUAUUUGACUAAUGACCCAGAAACAGUAAAAGAAAUGAAAAGGAAGAAAUUAGAAGUAGCUAGUGGUACUUUUACAGUUGAGGAAUUAUCACAGAAGUGCAUGAAACGCAAAGCUAGUGACAACAUAAAAACUGUAAAUAAAAUGACCGCAAAACAAAGAAGAGCCUUUGAAAGAUCUCAGCGUCGCACUAAAACUGGAAGCAAUUUCUAUGAAGUAUCCAAUGUUAAAAAUAGAAAUAGAAAUAAAAAACAUUUUGUAUAA